UUGUCAGCCUGACAUAUUUUAUUUAUAUAAUAUGAAAAUUUAAAUAUUGUAUUGCAUUUUCGGUAUUUCAGUAUUUUAAAUAUAUUCUAUGUAAUUCCAUCCUAGUCUAUUUCUUUCCAUUCUUGGACAAUUCAAAAUGUUGCGUUUUUGCUUAAAAAAUACUUUGACAUACAAUAUACCAGUGCUGCAGGAUAACCUCAGUAACAAAAUAAUUGGUAAAAUAAAACAUAUAAGUAUUUUGAACAGCAAUUUUUCGAGAUCUUUUUCAAGUAAAGUUGAGAAAGAAGAUAAGGUAGAACGUAUAUAUUAUGGCCCUUUAACGCCACAAAUUAAAGCUGUAAAAAUAUUUUCAUUGACCUCCAGUAUUGCCGGUUUAAUAGCUCAACCUAUAAUAAUUAGAGAAGCUUCCACUAUAGGCAGUACAUCCCUCCUCAUAGCAUUGUGUUCAGUGGUUGGAUUCUUUACAUUUAUAACACCAAUACUUUUGCAUAUUAUAACCAAAAAGUAUGUGACGGAAAUUGAAUAUGAUGAUACAACUUCAACAUAUAAAGCUGUUACUGUAAACUUCUUUCUCGUGGAAAAAGAGCUUGACUUCAAACCAGAAGAUGUUGAAGUUCCCGAUGUACCUGGAAUGUUCACAACAAUGAAUGCUAAAGGCAAGCCCCUCUUCAUAGAGGCCAGGCAUUUUAACAACCCUCUGCAUUAUGCUAAAAUAAUGGGUUAUGAUAAACCCAUGGAUUUCAAACUGGGCAAUGUAGAUGAAUCUGAUAGUAAAGAUAAAUAAAUUAAGAGA